AUGCUCGAGCCUAGUACCGAUAUUGCCUUCGCCAUAAUGCCAUCAAAUGCUGAUGUGUGCUCAUUAGAAACUUCCGUGCCAAUAAACAUUCUUUUCCGUUCGGGCAAAGUAGCGAAACCCCUAUACGAUUAUCGAUAUUCUGAAGAAUGGUCAGUGAGGAAUUUAAUGCAAACAGUUUUCAGUGAAAUUGAAAAAAUGUCUAGUGCCUACAAAGGAUCUAACCUCCUAAUCCUUCCUCACCUUUCAACGGCCUUUCCUCUUCCCUAUAAUAUAUCCGAGCACAGUCCCCUUCUGUUACUUUCCACGGAUUCACACAAUGACCUGGAUAUUUCGCAUUUACCCGAUGUUUACAUGUUUAACUCUCUGCAAAUAUCCUACACUAUUUGUCCACAUGAAGAUGUAAAUGACAAGCCAACUGAAAACGUCUUCCCCAAUGCUGAUUCUCAGCGUUACCAUCUAUUUAGUGGGGCGCUAUCGAAGUUAUUACAACGCUGCCAAACAGCAGUUGUGUGCCCCAUUUGGUGGCGUAAAACGUCUGCGUACUCCCCACGCUCAUAUCUCGAUUCUUGGUUGUCCUGCGGUCUUGAUAAGUCGGUUUCAAGCCUUCCUAGCAAUCAAACAUUCAUUCCAGUUUCCCAGGUAUUAACAUCAAGCCUGUGGGAUCACCCUUCCAGAAACGGUGUGCAAUUGGACGAUUUUAUUAGACAGGCUAUAAUGUACGACUUGCUAAUGGUAUCUUUUUUUCCUUUAGAUUUCAUUGACCUGGCGGCACAUUUGUUAAAUGAUGAGCGAAAGCCCAAUGAAUCCCCAGUCCCUUAUAAAGGCAUUGAUGGUCUUUUUCUUGUGAGUAAAAUUAAUCGUCGUUGCUGCGAGUUUGCAGUUCAGGAGGCGACGAAUCAAGUUGGGGUUUUCUCUACGUCGAAAGUUCGAGCGCAUGCACUUGCAUUGCUAAAAGGCCAAACGGAACUAGAGCAUGGUAGAAUUUGUCCACAGGAUGAACUUAAAAAUUACACUCAUGUAAAGGCCCCAAGCAUCGAUGGUCUGGGUUGCAGAAGAUGGGGUAACGAUUCCCUUACAUUCGUCACAGUAUCCGCCCGUAAUCCACCGCCGUGGGUGAAUGUUCUGAUCGGGGACGAAGGAAAUCUACCGGCGAUCUCCAUUAUUGACUCAAAGGUCGCAGCUUUCAUCGGGAAGUUUCAUAAUGGCACUCUCGAGCGUCAUUUGUUUUCAAGAAAGAAAAUUCUUCAACAAGACAACCUCUUACACGAAGCCCACAAUGCCACUGAACUCGAAUCACUGAUUGGCCUCGCAAACAAACAUGUGGUUGUCCUGUUUUUUGGUCGUCACUGUGGCUACACAACUCACGGUCGAGGCGCUCUUUACGAAUUUCGAUCGGUAGCCAGGCACUUUGUUAACCACCAGUCCCUUCUCUUUGUUACUGUCGACGUCGAUUCUGUGCAACUCCCGUGGUCGCUGACAGUGGAGCACAUUCCCGUCAUAAUUUUGUUCCCACUGGAUAGAAAGUCAAACUCCAUCGUCUUUCCGCAAGCACUCCUCUCUUCGUCCGAUCUCUACUCCAACUUGAUCAACUUCCUACGCAAGCACACCAGUUCAACUUCAAACUCAAGUGUUCCCGCCAACGAUGCAUUUCGUCUGGCCCAGCACAUCGAUGUCCACGUGGCCCGUCUUACAUCGGGAGAAGUCCUCCUAGGAGACCUCAUUCAACGCCUACGGAUCAGUUUGGUUGAACUCAGUUCACUGAUCCAAAUGCACCCUUUUAAGCACGUUGCGUCCACGGCAGCAGGCCAAUUAUCCCUCCGGUGCCUGCUUUUUACCCGGCACCGACUUUCUUCACAGUGGCGUCGUCUUGUGGAAGCUCGUGAACGCCUGAUCAAAGAGCGGAAUCACGCAAAGGCGGUGCGAGUACACCUAAUUACCAGGUAA